AUGACCAUCAACUUUAUCCCCGGAGAUGUUAAUCAAAACUCCAAUUCUGUGGUUCAUGGGAAAUGGAAAAAUCACUAUAUAAUAAUUUAUGGGUCAGGGAACAAUCUUAUAAUAUCGACAAUUACCUACAGAAACAAUCAAUACCUAAAGAACCUCCAGACUAUUUAUCUAGAGAUUGAUCCAACUGCCAUUGAUUUCAAUGAUUCCAAUGGUUUCAUAAGUAUUUCCAUUCUGAACAAGGUGAUUUUGUAUAAGCCAAUGAAUGAAUUCAUGGUCAAACCUCAAUGGGAAGAAUUGAUGGUGAUAGCCGAAAAUUCAUCUUUCAUUCACUGUUUGCAAUUUGCUCCAUUAGAGAAUGAAUUGAUCAUAGGGACAGAUGAUUCCAUAGUCUUGUACAAAUUAUUCCGGGAUAAUGAAGUAAAUGUUGGGCAAUGGACUUUCGCCAGGAUCUGGUAUCAAGAUCAACCUUUACCUGUUAAAACAAUUAAGAUCACUUACAAUGCCAAUCGUAUUUUGGUCAAAAACGACUUAUUUGACGGGAUAUUAAAGCUAUGGAAUAGAAUCAACUACGGUUUUGAUAACACUCUUUUUGAAUUGAAUUAUAUCCCUUGUAAACUAGGAGAUUUUGUUGUUAAUUUCAAAUGGAAAUUUAAAGAAUAUAAUACCAAGCCACUCAAAAUAACAGACAAAUCAAUAACGAAAAUUAAAGACUUCAGAAACUUCAUUGAUCUUGAUAAUUAUGAUUGUGAUACAUUCUUCACCUUUUCUCAGGAGCAAAUUUUCAAGAUCUGGGCCACUUUCGAAUUCAGUGGCCAUGAUCAUGUCAAAUGCUGGGGUGAACUUCAUCUUCCCGGGGUAGCGAACAUUCUUUUGGUUGAUAAUGUGUUCAUUAAAGAUUUCGUUAAAGAAGAUUAUGAUUUGUUGUUGGCCUUCACCAAUGAUACGAUUAAACAGUAUAAAGUGAAAAAUAUCGCCAAGAUACCCCAUGACAAUGUUUCUUUCGAAUUGAUUAAUGAAAUACCCAUGGAUUCCAACAUUUUCCUGCCUGUGAACCUCAAUACUGGUACAAAGAAUGCAGAGAAUGUAACAACCCUCGAAGAAUAUAAUGACGAUAAAUUGAGUAAUGACCUUGAUUUGGGCUUCAUUCCCACUAUCAUUCCCUCUGUUUCCAAGUUCAGUGAAGAUCAGAUAGUAUUCCCUAUACAUAAUAGGGUAAAGUCGACUGUUAAAGUAAAUGUCAUCAAUCUCAGAAACCUCAAGAUCACUUUGAUGGAUAAAUUCCAAGGACACGAAAAGUCUAUACGAAAACUCAUCAAGUCCAAUCCAUUUUACAAUAAAGAGAACAUCUUACUCUCAAUACUGAAUUUCCCCAAAAAUAACUACAUAUGGCAACCUUUGGUGAUGAAUGAUCCCAAUAAGACGAUCAUCACCAAAAAAUUUCAAAUUGAUUUGACACUAAUGGAUGACAACAGAUCGCUGAUGAAAGUAGAAAAUGGUCAUAUUGAUGAGAACUUCCACGAUAAUAGAAUAAUUGAUGGGGUUAUAAUAAAUGACAUCGAUGAAUCUGCAAGAAGACACCACCUUGUGUUGAUAUUCGAUAAAUUGAGCUAUUUAUCUUUAUGGCAUUGUGGUGUGAAGGACGAAGUUAGUGAAAUGUUGAAAAAAGAGAAAAUUGAAGGACAUGAAGACAAACCUCCCCUCGUAUUUCAGCUAAUUGAAAUCACACAGAAUGAAAUGUUCAAAGAGUAUUUAUUAAUAGCUAUCUUCCAACUUAAUGAUAUUAAAGGUUGGAGGUUAAAAAUAUUCAAGAACAAAUUGAAAAUUGAGUUGAAAAAAUGCAAAAUAGGCUCUUUACCGGAGACUCAAAACUUGAGGAUCAUAAACAGAAUUGAAACUAUCGUUAAUCAACCUGAAAAAAGCAUAAUAUCCACUAUUGAUGAUUUGGGUGAAUUGAGAUUGUACCGUAUCAAAGUUACCAAUGAAUGCAUUGAGUGGGUUGAAACAUUCAAGCUAAACACCAAUAUCAAGAAUAGUAGAAAAAUUGUCGGAUCUUCAGUUACAAACAAGUUAGCUAUCAUCGAUGAUAGUGGUAAAAGAUUAUUCAUUUGGGACCUCAAGUCAGAAAUUUUAGAAUUUCAACAAGAAUUUGAGGAAGUAGUCAAAGAUAUCGACUGGUGUUUAAUUGAAUCUAAAAAUCAUGGGGAUAAUUUAUUAUUAUCCAUUGGGUUCCAAAGACAUGUAUUGCUUUUCACGGAAUUACGUUAUGAUUAUACCAAUAAUUUGCCCACAUACUCCGUUUUGAAAAGGAUCGACAUUAGUGACUACACAACUCAUGAAAUAGGAGAUAGCAUUUGGAUCAAUAACGGAUAUCUAGUGAUAGGUUGUGGUAAUCAAUUUUUCAUUGAUGAUAGGUGGUUUAAAUUGGGUUCGCUGAGUAGCAAUUUAUUGAACUCACAAAUAAAUCAAUUGUUGAAGGGGGUUGAGGGUGAAAUCUUCGAUAUCAGUGAUAUAAUUAAAAUCGUCAAUGGUCCCUUACCGAUAUACCAUCCUCAAUUUCUAAUCCAACUUUUAUAUAUGAACGAGUUCAAUCUAGUCAAGAAAAUUUUGGUUAAUUUGUUUAAGACUUUAAGGCAAGAUUUGCCUAUCACAUGGAAUUUAAAUAUCAACUUCAUCAAAGACAUUGUUUUGAACAAAGUUGAAGAAAGCCAUGAUGAAGGUGACAUUUUUGAAACUUUUAACCACAAUUUGAUUGAAUUAUUGAUAAAUUAUUUAACAAAAGAUCCCUUACCAUUCAUCACAAGACAUCAACAGAUUACAUUGAUUUCAAUUAUCAAAAUUAUUGUUAUCAUCAACAAAUAUCAUAAAUCCAUAGACGAAAACGGUAUACGGUUUAUUAUAGGGUUCAAAUUAUUCGAACUCAGUAGGCAAACAAAAUUGAACAUGAGGGAUAUAGAUUUUGCGUUACACAGUAGAAAUCAAGACAUGCUAUUUGGCUUCAUUGAAGAAACCUAUCCCAAAUUCAACUGGGAAAGCAUAAAAAGUUUAAAGUUGAUGUACUGGAUAGAGGAUAUUAAGUUGAAACAAAUCGUUGAGGAGAUGGUAAGAAAUGAGUUUAACGAAAAAAGAGAUCCUUCCGGGAUGAUCUCUUUGUUUUAUAUCGCUCUAAACAGAAAGAAAAUUUUGAUCAACUUGUGGAAAACCGUUAGUCACAAAGAAAAAAACAAGAUGAUCAGUUUUCUUUCAAACAAUUUCAAUGAAAAUCGAUGGAAAGUUGCAGCUAUGAAGAAUGCUUUCGUGUUGUUGGGUCAGCAUAGGUAUUUGGAUGCAGCAUAUUUCUUCCUUUUGGGUGACAAGCUAGAUGAUUGUCUAAACAUAAUCAAUUCUAAGCUCAAUGAUUUUGAAUUAGCUUUAACUGUUUCUAAAUUAUACCAACAUAGUAGGGAUUUCAACGUCAAAACUGAUAACAAACCAUUGAUCGAAAAAUACCUCAUUGGUCCAGCACUUGAAAAGGGAGAUAAGUGGAUCAAUAGUUGGAUUUACUGGGAGAUUGGCGAAUUCAAAAUUUCUGUUGAUUCGUUGAUAAAUCCCCCUCUAGCUAUUGCUGAAAAGUACAAUGUUUUCAAUCUUCCUAAAGACUUAGAUUUCAAGAAUUCAUCCAACAAAUUCUUGAAUGAUGAUCCAGCUUUGAUCCUUCUUUAUAAAUCGAUGCCAUCAAAAUACAAAAGUGACGUACUGGACGAAAAUAAUUUCUUGAUGAAAAUUUGUAAAAUUUAUGAUAAAUUGGGUUGUAACUACUUGUCCUUGUUGUUACUCCAUAAAUGGCAAUUCAAUUACCCAUUAGCUGAGGAAAGAGCGGAGUUCAACGUAAAGGUUGAUAAGUUGCCUCCUCAGAUUGCAUUCGAAGAACCUGACAUGAGUUCUUUUGACUUUGGUUUUUAA